CGAGUGGAGUUGUGCGUGUUACCGAAGGGGGGGGUGGGGCGGGGGAGGGGAGGUUCGUUCCGAGGAGCCGCAGCCAGAACCGGGACCAGGAAUCCUUUCCAGCCCCAUCUGGUGCAACAUUGGCCGAAACUACGGAGGAGAAUCCCCCAUUGUUGAUGUGUUUUCUUAUAGUCCUAUGUGGGCAUGGAAUCCUAGGAGUUUUAAGAGCUUCAAGAAACAUUUGAGAGUUAGGGUAACCCCCUCUGUUUGCAGAGAAGGAAACAGGCUCAGGUCGUCUGGAAUGGACACAAGUUCAGUGGGAGGAUUAGAAUUGACGGAACAGACUCCUGUUUUAUUAGGGACUACAGCCAUGGCAACUAGUCUCACAAAUGUAGGAAAUUCAUUUGGAGGUCCAACUAAUUCUUUAGUUUCUAGAUCUAAUAAGUUUCCGAACACAUCAGUAGAAGAUGAUGAUGAUGUUGUCUUUAUUGAACCAAUACAACCCCCACCAACUGCUGCGCCAGUGGUAUCUGAUCAAAGAAACAUCACUUUUCCAUCAUCAAAAAAUGAAGAGCAACAAGGAAAUGAUUCUAAACUUUGUUCCUCAAAAGAUUUGACUUCUCAAAAGGGAAGUGUAAGUGAGACAAUUAUCAUUGAUGAUGAAGAGGACAUUGAAACAAAUCAAGGGCAAGAGAAAAAUGCUUCCAGUUUUAUUGAACGGAGACUUCCUGAGACUAAAAACAGAACCAAUGAUUUGGAUUUCUCAGCUUCCAGUUUUUCAAGAAGUAAGGUAAAUGCAGGAAUGGGUAGUAGUGGUAUCACCACAGAACCAGACUCUGAAAUUCAGAUUGCUAAUGUUACUACAUUAGAAACAGGUGUAAGCUCAGUGAAUGAUGGCCAAUUAGAAAAUACUGAUGGGCGUGAUAUGAACUUAAUGAUUACACAUGUAACAUCACUGCAGAAUACCAACUUGGGAGAUGUCUCUAACGGACUGCAGUCAAGUAAUUUUGGUGUUAAUAUACAAACAUACACCCCGUCUUUAACUUCACAGACCAAGACUGGAGUAGGACCUUUUAAUCCUGGUAGAAUGAAUGUGGCAGGAGACGUUUUUCAGAAUGGAGAAUCUGCAACUCAUCAUAAUCCUGAUUCCUGGAUCUCUCAGUCAGCUUCAUUUCCCCGAAAUCAGAAGCAACCUGGGGUGGAUUCUUUGUCACCAGUGGCCUCACUUCCUAAGCAGAUUUUCCAGCCUCCUUCACAACAGCAACCUACUAAACCAGUUAAAGUUACUUGUGCAAACUGCAAAAAACCUUUGCAGAAGGGACAAACUGCCUAUCAACGAAAAGGAUCUGCUCACCUGUUUUGUUCUACUUCUUGUCUUUCCUCCUUCUCACACAAGCCUGCUCCAAAGAAACUCUGCGUCAUGUGCAAAAAAGAUAUAACAACAAUGAAAGGUACCAUUGUUGCCCAAGUUGAUUCAAGUGAAUCCUUCCAGGAAUUCUGUAGUACUUCAUGCUUAUCACUCUAUGAAGACAAACAGAAUCCUUCAAAAGGGCUUUUAAAUAAAUCAAGAUGCACAAUCUGUGGCAAACUAACGGAGAUUCGCCAUGAAGUAAGCUUUAAAAACAUGACUCAUAAGCUCUGUAGUGACCACUGCUUUAAUAGAUAUAGAAUGGCAAAUGGCUUAAUAAUGAAUUGCUGUGAACAGUGUGGCGAGUACUUGCCUAGCAAAGGUGCUGGAAACAAUGUCCUUAUCAUCGAUGGCCAGCAGAAAAGAUUUUGCUGUCAAAGCUGUGUCAGCGAAUACAAACAGGUAGGUAGCCAUCCCAGCUUCUUGAAGGAGGUUAGAGAUCACAUGCAGGACUCCUUCCUGAUGCAGUCAGAGUGCAUAGGUCCUAAUGGAUAUAUGGAACCAUACUGUUCAACUGCUUGCAUGAACACACACAAGACAAAAUAUGCAAAAUCACCAAGUGUGGGAAUCAUUUGUCACUUUUGUAAGCGAAAUUCUUUACCUCAGUACCAAGCCACAAUGCCUGAUGGAAAACUGUACAACUUUUGCAAUUCCAGUUGUGUGGCUAAAUUUCAGGCUCUUAGUAUGCAGUCAUCCCCAAAUGGUCAGUUUGCAGCACCAAGUGAUAUUCAGUUGAAAUGCAGUUACUGCAAAAAUUCCUUUUGUUCCAAACCUGAGAUACUGGAAUGGGAGAACAAAGUAUAUCAGUUCUGCAGCAAAACAUGUUCAGAUGACUAUAAAAAGUUGCAUUGCAUUGUUACAUAUUGUGAAUACUGUCAAGAGGAGAAAACCCUGCAUGAAACAGUAAAUUUCUCUGGAGUUAAGAGGCCAUUCUGUAGUGAAGGCUGCAAGCUGCUUUAUAAACAAGAUUUUGCAAGACGUUUAGGAUUGAGAUGUGUUACUUGCAACUAUUGUUCCCAGCUUUGUAAAAAGGGAGCAACUAAAGAACUUGAUGGCGUGGUGAGAGAUUUCUGCGGUGAAGAAUGCUGUAAAAAAUUUCAAGAUUGGUACUAUAAGGCUGCAAGGUGUGACUGUUGUAAGUCCCAAGGAACUCUUAAAGAACGCGUGCAGUGGCGUGGGGAAAUGAAGCAUUUCUGUGAUCAGCACUGCUUACUGCGUUUUUAUUGUCAGCAAAAUGAACCUAACAUGGCAACCCAAAAAGGACCUGAAAACCUACAUUAUGACCAGGGUUGCCAGACUCCUCGGACGAAAGUGACAAGUUCAGCACCACCUCCUUCUCCAACGCCUAACAAAGAGAUGAAGAACAAAGCAGUUCUUUGUAAACCUUUGACAAUGACAAAAGCCACAUAUUGUAAACCUCACAUGCAAACAAAAUCUUGUCAGACAGAAGAUAGUUGGAAGACUGAAUAUGUUCCAGUUCCAAUACCUGUACCUGUGUAUAUCCCCGUGCCCAUGCAUAUGUACAGUCAGAACAUUCCUGUUCCUACAACUGUUCCUGUUCCAGUGCCAGUACCUAUAUUUUUGCCUACUCCACCAGAGAGUAAUGAAAAAUUUCCUGUAGUACCUGAAGAGUUAAAAAAUAAAGUAUGUUCCGAUCCCCUUGGUGGUGAGCUGCUUACGAUGACAGCAGAUAUAAUGGCUGAGGAAGAAGAAAAAACAGAAGCUACUGACAUUAAUAGUGUAAUUAUUGAAACAGAUGUAAUAGUAGAUAGAGAUGCCAUGAAGAAUUCUGACACAGAAACACAAGCAAAUAUGCCUGAUGUUCCAUAUGAACCAGAUCUGGACAUUGAAAUUGAUUUUCCUAGAGCCGCUGAGGAGCUUGACAUGGAAAAUGAAUUUCUAUUACCACCUGUCUUUGGGGAAGAAUAUGAGGAGCAGCCGCGACCUCGGUCUAAAAAGAAGGGAGCAAAGAGAAAAGCUGUAUCAGGAUACCAGUCCCAUGAUGAUAGUUCUGAUAAUUCGGAAUGCAGCUUUCCUUUCAAAUAUACAUAUGGUGUGAAUGCGUGGAAACACUGGGUCAAAACUAGGCAACUUGAUGAAGAUCUACUGAUAUCAGAUGAACUAAAAUCCACUAAGUCAGUAAAGUUAAAAGAGGAUCUACUGUCUCACACUACAGCUGAACUUAAUUAUGGGUUGGCCCAUUUUGUCAAUGAAAUCCGAAGGCCAAAUGGAGAGAAUUAUGCACCUGACAGCAUCUAUUAUCUUUGCCUUGGCAUCCAAGAGUACUUGUGUGGUAGUAAUCGAAAAGACAACAUAUUUAUUGAUCCAGGUUACCAGACAUUUGAACAAGAAUUAAGUAAAAUUCUUAGAAGUUGGCAACCAAGUAUACUUCCAGAUGGGUCAAUUUUUUCUCGUGUUGAAGAAGAUUAUCUCUGGAGGAUUAAACAGCUAGGAUCACACUCUCCAGUAGCUCUUCUGAACACAUUGUUCUACUUUAACACUAAAUAUUUUGGCCUGAAAACAGUGGAGCAACAUUUAAGGCUUUCCUUUGGCACCGUAUUUAGGCAGUGGAAAAAAAAUUCUGUAACAAUGGAAAACAAAGCAUGUCUUCGAUACCAAGUGUCUUCCUUGUGUGGAGCUGAUAGUGAAGAUAAAAUUACUACUGGAAAAAGAAAACAUGAAGAUGAUGAGCCAGUAUUUGAACAAAUUGAAAACACAGCCAAUCCUUCUAGAUGUCCUGUGAAAAUGUUUGAAUGCUAUCUAUCAAAAAGUCCACAGAAUCUUAAUCAAAGAACGGAUGUUUUUUAUUUGCAACCAGAGUGUUCAAGUUCAACAGAUAGUCCUGUCUGGUAUACUUCUACUUCACUGGACCGAAACACAUUGGAAAAUAUGCUUGUACGGGUUCUUUUAGUAAAAGAUAUUUAUGAUAAAGACAAUUAUGAACUGGAUGAAGACACGGAUUAAAAUAAACUUUUUGGAAGCAGUUGGGAUAAAACAGCAUUAGAUAGUCAUGCUGCUAGAUCUUUAUUAUGGAAAACAUUUCAAGUUUACUCCUUCUGUUUUGAGUUUUGUAGCAGUGUACCCAUACUGGGUAUUACCAUGUAAAUAAUCUGUGAGUGAAAGUUGCCAUUAUUCUAUGUAGUGGUUUUAGGAUACUUAACAAACACAUUCAAAUUCAUUUUUUUAUUAUUUAUUUGAUUAGGUAUGUUUGUAACUUUUUACAUUACAGAAUAUGAAUGAGAAUGUGCCAUGUGUAAUUUCUUUUCUUGUAGUAAGAAACAUCCAUAUUGCACAACUCCACUGUCACCAAGCUUCCUUGGAAGGGGGCUCUUUUACUGGGUUCUUAGCCCAAUGGCUGUCUAUGGGUUAGCACUACUAAAGUUUAGAACUUGCAGUGUCUUUCAGAAUUUUUAAAUAAACUGUAAACUAAUAGGUUUUUUUUUUUAACUUUUUAGUUUCUGAAGCCUUACGAGGUUAUGUAGAGAGAUUCCAUCUUAUGUACCAAAAAUAGACAAAAGAAUGCUGUCAAUAUUGGUGUACUGUAAUGUGAAUCUAUACUGGUGAAAACAACUCUUCUGUUCCCCUCAUUAAAACCUUAGUGUCCUUUCCUCAUUUGUGACUUUCUGCAUCGCCCCAAUAAAUAAAAUAAAUAUAAAGAAUGACUAUAAGUUUAAAGCACAUACUCAUCAAGACAUUUACUUUGUAAAAAUGUCUGAUGAAAUUGCUCUAACUGUCUUCUGUUUUCACUAGCCAACCAUAAGUACCCGAAUAUCCUUAGCAUUCUAUUAUAGGGUUAUUUUUUUGCCCCUAGUAAAUGGACCAUAAUGCAGUAUUAGCUGGAAUAAUCUGAAACUUUACCAAUUUAUCUCUUGAGUUCACUUAUCUGCACUCAAAAAUAACUGGUGAAAUAUUAUAUUGAGUAGAGUUGUUUUAAGCAAUACAACCCCAGAAGCAGUAGUUAACAGAAGUUGAGCUCAUGUAAAUAAGAUGGUCUCACAAUUUUUCUACAAAAAUUUCCAGUGUGGUAAUUCUGAUACUUUGGAUGCUUGUUAGUACAGCUCAUUAAUGUCUAGAGUUCAAAUAUUAAUAGAGAACGAGGAAAGAAAGGAUUGAGGUGUAUCUCAGUGGGAAUCAUAUCUGCUGUUAGAUUGUCUUUUAAAAUUCAAAUUACUUCUUAUAGAAGAUUGCAUUAAAAGGCUUUGUGCUUCUGCAUAGCAAUUUAUACUUUAAGACCCUUUCUUUGAAAAGAAAGAAGUUCAUUUGAAAUUGUACUUUUCCAUGAUACUGAGAAAAAUGCUAAUUGCAGAUCAUCAGUAAGAACAUAUGGCUAACUUUAUAGCAUAUAUGUAGUAAUCUUUUCUUUAUAAUUACUGAAACAUCAUGAUAACUAAUGUAGAUUAUUAUGCUUGCUGGGAAAAUCAAGCUUAUUCUCCACAGUGCCCAAGAAAUUGCUACAUAUUCCUAGGAUAUUCUGUCCUGUUUUGUCAGAAAGAUAUUUAGUAUACCUUACAAAAAUAUUAAUCAUUUAGAAAAAAUUCACAAGUCCAGUGAUAAUAUAUACUCAGGCAAUAAUUAUUUGAAUUGUUUUGGGCUUAUGAAACUUACUUUAUAAUGCUCCAUGUCCUUGAGAUUUUUAAUAAGUCUUAAUAACUUUUCUAUUCCUUAAUGUGUUUUAUAUUUGUUGAUUAAAAAAAAUCAGGUUGCCGGUAGCAAAUCUCGAUACCGCUUAUCUAAAAUAGAUUGCUACUUUUCUAUUUAGCUGAGUAAGCAGGUCUCAAUUUAUAAUGCAAAAAAUGACUGUCUCAAUCUUUUCCCAUUUUUCAGAACAUUAAUCAUAAUCAGGCCGUUAUGAAUACUUAUGCUUUAGCUACAUUUUGAUGACAUUAGAAAAUUGUUGAUACCAGUACUCUUUUAUUCCGCAUAAUGGUGCUAAUAAUCUUAUCAAGGGCAAUAAUGUUUUUUUUCCAAAUGUCAUCUAACAUGCAGUUAACCAAAUGUAAACAACUGGCAUGAUAUCAGUGAGCAAGAAGGUUCUGCCAUACUGCUAUUUACAUUAACCAUUUUUGUUUCACAAUUUUAACAAUGAUUCAAAAAUAUCUAUUUUCUUAAAGGAACUGGCAGUAUAAUUCAGACCUUGACACAAUUCAAGGUUUAAAUUAUAAACUUUAUUUUAGCCCAGCAAUUGUUCUGUUUAUUUUCCAAAAUUAGUUAAUUGUAAAAUGGAAGUUUUACUAGUCUGAGCUGCUUCUUCCCAACCACAUUUCCAUUCAUUCCUGGAUUGUUGUUUGUGUAGUUAUAGAUGCCAUUGAGGACAUGGAAGUUCUCUGUUGUUCUUUGGUGAUUUCUGAAUGUAGCAUCUGGUAAACGUGACUUUGCAUUGUCUUAAAUAUGCUGGGCUGUGAGAGCUGCUGGAUUUUCUUUGGGAUGGGGUGGGGAGCUUGUUCACAGAGUAUGUUUUGCCAUCAUUGAGUACAAGUUAUCCUCACCACAUUAAGUAAAAUGGUUUUCUUAGAUAA